AUGAUCGCGCCAGCAUCGGCGGUGCACUCGAUGUCUGUAAACUUGCUAGGCUCAAAUGAUAUUUUCAUGGAAAAUUCGACGAAAGGUGAUCCCAGAGGCGAUGUCAUUGCCCGAGGGAUUGUCAGUGAGGAGCUUGCUCGUGUGAUGUAUGAACGCUUUACGGGUGGCUCAAAGAACUAUUUGCCACUAUUUGAUCCAAUUCGAGACACCUUCGACUCUAUUCGAUCUCGUUCGUUGUUCUGCUUCACGGUGAUCAUAUACCUCGCCAGUCGUGCGGUCACUGAUUUACGGGGAGACACGCACAUGCAGCGCGUUCUGCAAGAUGAGGCACAGCGAUUAGCAGAAGACAGUUUUUUCGAGCGGCCCACUAAGCUUGAGACGGUCCAGGGAAUGAUCCUCUUGGCUGCUUAUUCCGAGAAGACUUGGUUUUCUAUUGCUCUCAUUCUGCGUACAGCUUUGGACUCUGGAUUGGAAAAAUCCUUAGACACUUUGCUAUCUCAAGAAAGUGUACCUCGAAGUUCGCUCUCUGCUUCCAUGGCUGAACGCCAACUAGUAUGGCAGACGAGAACCUGGUUGAUCAGUUUCACGUUAGAGCUAGAUGUCGCAUCUGGUACUGGUCGGAAGUCGCGUAUCGCCGAGGUCGAUGUGGUCAAAUUGCGCAAAUUCCUCGAUUAUCCGCUCUCUCUCCCUUGUGAUAUGCGCACUGUUUGCAUCAUUGAACUUCAUCAGCUCCGAGGUCAUUCUCGUAUGGUGAUUGACAAUGCCUCGACAACCAGCGAUAUUGUGUCUACAGAACUACCAGCUAUCAUGACAAGGUUGCAAAAUUGGUGGACUAAUUGGGAUGAGAUCCAUGAAAACAACGGAUUUCAUAUAGGAGCAUUCCAACGAAGCAGCCUCAAGCUUAUGCUUCAAUAUGCCAGAAUAUUUGUCUUCUGCGCUUCGCUUGCACGAAUCCAAAAGUUGCAACCGUCCUAUGCAGACUCAAGCUCUGAAAUUCUUGAUCAAAAUGUUCUGAAUUUGUGGCAGUCGCUCGUGACUACCAUAAUGGAUCAACUAGGCUUUUUGAUCAAUGAGCCAUCAUAUCGCUGUCAACUCCCGUGGGCACCAACAUACCCUGCCUUGACCAUUGCGUUUAUCACGACAUUUGCGCUUCGAAUUGCGAGAUGGCGUCCGAGUCUGAUUAAUCAAGAUCUGUUGUUGGAAAGAGCAGAAAGGAUCUGCGAUUUUCUCAAACAGCCGCCGUACCCUGACAUUCACCGGACCGUCUCGAUAUUUGUGAACUAUGCACGCGCUUUGAUUGCCAGCCAACGCCCUCAAAGCAGCCACAGUGUAGAGGGAUCUAUCAUGGCCGAUCAAAGUGAUGGGCCGCAUGUCGCAUACCGAGGGCCUGAUAGUCCCAUGAUUAACGUCUCAGCUACCUCUGGAGUCGCUCCACUACACGACUCUCGCUACAGAGCCGGGCCGGCCAUCCAGACCGAUAAGGAUGCAAACAUGGUCACCAUACCAAGUAGUGAUGCAUCAUCAGGGGCCAGAGCGCCUCUCCCUAGGAUACCAGGUACGAUGGAGGCGCCAAACUGGACUGUGUCAAAUUCUAUUGCAGAUUCGUUUGGUCUUUUCGAGGAAGGGCAAAACGAUAUCUUUGAUUUCUUGCCCAUGAUGCCGUCCAUGCCACAAUGA